CUAUGAACUGUCUUUUUUGUCUUCUUGCGACUUGGAACAUCUUCCUUCUUCUAUCCAAUAUACCUUUGAGAAUAUACGAAGAAAGGAUCAUCAUUCAUCAGACAGUUAAAGUGUUUCAGUCGGUUCUCUUCAUCAAUAAUUGAAAAAACGCUAGUGAAGUAAUAAUGCCAACAAUUUAAGUUUUUCGAUCACGAGAGCUAUGUUUUAAAGAGUAUCAAGCCGGUUUCCUCCUAAAUUGAAGGCAAAUUGCUUAUUGAAUGAUAAAACUAUAAACUAUAUAAACAGAACAAUCAAAAUGGACACUCCACGCGAACCACCGCCAGCCUUAAAUUUGUUAGUAACCACUGUGGAAAAGGAGCAUCCCUUUCUAAAAGUGUGGGGGCAAGUCGAUAAAACCAGCGUCUUGUAUGUGGAACAAUUUCUAAUGGGAAUCACGCCGCAAUUCGAACAGGGCUUCUUCAAGAUACCAUUCGAAAAUUUGCAGGUGAACGCGUUGGUAUGCGUCAAAUAUAAAGAUCACAAAUAUUACAGGGCAAAGAUACUGAGCGUCGACCACCUAAAUCCCGGCUUCAUUGAAGUAUUUUUCACAGAUUAUGGAAACAAGGAUAUAGUAGCAACCGAUAAUGUCCGAAGCACGCAUGCGUUUCCAGACGCAUUUCUUAAUAUUCCGCCCUCUGCUCAUCCUUUCAUACUCGCUGAAGGCCACUGUCCUGUUGAAGGCAACUGGAACGAUCAUUUAUUCCAAACCAUUUCAAAACAGUUGAAAUACAGAGAGGUACAGUGUCAAGUGGUGGCUCAAACCUGCAACUUGUACCUUGCCAAAUUCUACAUAGACAGAAAUGACUUGGGAAUGAUAUUUAUCAAUCAGGGUUUGUUGCAAGCAAUACCUUUAGCCUCACAACAAGCAGUGUUGCUUAGUAUGAAUCUCCUAACAAGAGAGAAAGCUUCAGCUGCUCCUGCUGUACCAGCAGUACCGGCAGUUACAGAGAUUAAUACUUAUAAGGCCUGCACUUUAGAACCAAACCAACAAUAUGCUGUCUAUGUAUCAUUCGUUAAUGAGGGCCCCACACAUUUUUCGGUGCAACUUAAACAAUCUGAAAACUUGCUUGCCAAGCUAAUGAAAGAAAUCAAUGAGAUGAACCUUCGUUUGUUGGAAGACGUACCGUUACCCGGUACUAUUUGCUUGGCAAGAUGUGAGGAAGAUGGAAAUGUGUGCAGGGCUGUCGUUACCAAUGAAGUGGAUACUCAGUUUAAGGUGUUCUAUGUAGAUUUUGGCAACUACGAAACUAUUUCGCUAGAAAUGCUUUAUCAAAUCCCCUUUAAAUAUGUCUUACCCAAAGUUAUGGCUAUCAGAGUAGCACUCGAAGGUGUCGAAAAACCCACAGUUACCAUGGAAAUGUUGAAGGCUUUUAAAAAGUUUGUUGAUAAUAGGCUUUUGCAUAUGAAAGUGUUGCCAUCUCUUAAAAAAUCAGCUAUUACCAAGUGUGAGCUGUGGGAUCCUGCGACUAAGACGAGUGCUCUUGAUGUCAUUCUUCGAGCUGCUCAACAUGCCUACCCCGAACCUCUACUUUUGAACAGAGGAUGUACUCAACCUAUAAAAGUAAGCUAUGUUUUUAGCUGUAACAGAUUUUACGUACAGCUGACUAGCAAAGAAGGGGAACUUUCAAAACUCAUGGAAGAAUUACAAGUUUCAUGUCAAUCCAACCAACCAGUUUCUGACCUAAAAAUUGGGCUACCUUGUGCUGCACUUUUCGAAGAAGACCAGCUAUGGUAUAGGAGCCAAAUUGUUGAUAUAAUAAGCAAGGAUCAAAUCAAAGUUAGAUACAUUGAUUAUGGUAACGAAGAAGUGGUAGGCACCAAGAAUUUACAGAUGGUAGAAGGGGAACUGUUGACCGUUCUUCGUCCUCAAGCCAUAGAAUGUUGCCUUAAUGGUUACCAAAAUAUGGGAGAAGAUCUUACAAGAGACGCUUUCCUAGAACAACUAAUACUCGAACAGUCUUUUACUAUGAAAGUGAGCGAAAUGCUUGGGAAUAAGGCUCUGGUAGAGCUGAUAGACUCGAAUAACUACAAUGUGGCUUCAUUGCUUCUUGAUAAAAUCGCAGCUUCCAAGAGUCAAGUAGCACCAGUGCUGGUGCAAGCUGGAAAUACUUUGCAACAUCGAAAAUCUAUCGAUACAAGUGACAAUCACAGGGAUCAUAGAAAGCCCGCAAGAGAAUGGGGCAACGACAAAAAUGAAAGCAGAAGUGACGAUAAACAAUGGAGAAAUGAGAACAAUUCAAGAGUUAUUUCCUCAAGCAUAUCAUGGAGGAUAAAAAAACAUUUGAAAUUAUUAUUAAACGAUGGUAAUUUAAACGAUAGAUCAGCAGAAGGUGGAUCAUGGAGAGGAGAAAAUAGAAGCUUCAAUCAUAAUGAACGGAGCAAUGAUCGCGAUGGUGAUAGAAACCCUAAAUACAAUGCAAGCGACAGAUUCAACAGGAACAAGUUUGAAAAAGGAAGUGACAGUAAGCAUAAUAACUGGAAUAAUAAAGAAAACGGAUUCCAAAACAAGCCAUCUUGGAGCAGCCCAGUUAAUGAAUCAGCCCCUGGUGUAGAUACUUGGGGAGAUGACUCAACAUCUCCAGUGCCUCAAAACACCUUUGAAGAUGGGAGAAACAGAGACGAUAGAUUUGGCGGCAGAAAAAAGUUUGAAGGAAACAGAGAAGAUAGAGGCAAUCAAGGGGAAAAUAAAGGUGGAUGGAACAAUGAGAACAGAGGAGAUCGAGGAGGGUGGAAAAAUGAGGAUAGAGGAGAUCGAGAGGGAUGGAAAAACGACGAUAGAGGAGAUCGAGGAGGAUGGAAAAACAACGAUAGAGGAGAUCGAGGAGGAUGGAAAAAUGACGAUAAAGGAGAUCGUGGUGGAUGGCAAAACAAGGGAGAUGGAUUUAAAAAAGAUUUCAAAAACAAAUUUAAUAAACAUAAAAGGGAUGGAAACGACUUCGAUUCAAGCGGAUCAGAAAAAAGUUUCAAGAAAGGUGGCAGAAAAGAGAGAAACGACUACGGUGGUGGCACAAGAUUCCAAAACAGCCAUGCUCCUGCGCCAAUAGACGCUGUACCAGCUACAGCUACAUAUAAACAACAAGAAGUGGUUGGAACUGAAGGUACCGUAGUUAUAAGCUGGUUCCAUAACCCUGGACAUUUUUAUUGUCAAUUGCAGAGCGGACAAUCCGAAUUUAAAACUUUAAUGGAAGAAAUCCAGCAGUUUUACAAGAACAGAAAGCCUGAAAAAAGUGUAGUUGGGGCUCCAGUUAUAUGCCAGUUUCCUGAAGACAAUGUCCUUUACAGGGCUAAAAUUUUAGAAGUACCGGGAGAUCAAUAUAAAGUGUGUUAUGUUGAUUUUGGAAAUGUUAGUAAUGUUACCAAAGUUUGGCCAGUAGAUAAAAAAUUCAUGGAAAUGCCUGCUCAAGCCAUUUGUUGUGCACUGAGUGGAAUUUGCCCCAAUGGUGAAAAUUGGCCAGAUGCCGCUACGUUCAACCAAUAUUUUAGUAGCGAGUGUUAUAAAACCAUAUUUGUGGAGAAAUACGAAGAACGAACCUAUCUCCAACUCUGGAAUAACCAAGAUGAAAUCUCCCAGCUUCUACUCCAAGCCAAUUUGGCUCUACCGACAGCUCCAGCCCCAAUUGAGGGAGCCAUAGAAAUACCCUUCCUUCUCAACCAACAAUUGAGAGUGAUACUCAAGAGCGUAAACAACUUGAGCGACAUUAUAGUAGCCUUAGAAUCUGGCGUGGUAAUCACUUGCAAAGCCCAUAACUUGGAGAUGGCUUCAGAUGUUUUUGAAGAUGUUCUUAAGAGCUAUCUGGAGCAAACUUUGAUAAUUUAUGUAGACAAUAUUUUGGAAACAACCUUGGAUGUGACUUUUUAUGAUAAUGAGGGCAAUAAAUUAAUUAUUUUGACCCCAGAUGAAGGCGCUUUGGAUACAGUAGACCCAUUGUGCCAGUGUCCUGUUUUGAGCUCUCAGAUUUAUGGCUAUGUAUCUCACGCUAACGAUACUUCUGUUUUUAUCCAACCCAGUGUAUAUGUUAACCAGAUGACAGAAUGUUUGAAUAAAAUGUACGAAGCCUAUGAAAAUAUUGUUCAAGAAGCAAGUUUAAUUCCUGAGGAAGGUUUUGUUUAUGCCGUUCAUAGUAGUGAUGCUAAUUGGUAUAGAGGACGUGUGGACAGUUUUGACGAUGAAAAGGCUACAGUUUUCUAUGUGGAUUAUGGUAAUAGUGAAGAUGUGGCUUUUAGCGAACUGAGAGAGCUCAAAAGUGAAUUCAACGUGCCUGAUAUUAUGUGUUUGCAGGUGCUAGUGCCGUCCGGUUCAGCAGCAUCUUUCUUAGAAAAAGAUGUUUUAGCCACAAUUCAUUAUGGCGAAAACGGUUGGGAAGGUACUGUUCAGGAAUUCUCUCAGGAAAGUCAAUUGCCACAAGCUUCUGAAGAGGCAACUAGUGUUAAUAGAAGUUCUUUAGCCACAGAGCAUGGCCAAUCAAGCAUUGAAACUAUCCGAUUUGAGCCAGAUAUUAUUGAAGGAGCUCAAAUAAAUACAGAAAUCAUUGAAAAAGAUGCUCAAAUUGAGCAGCAACUUCCAGAAAUUGAACAACACGGCAUUCCAGUUAUUGUAAGCCAUAUUGACAGCCCAACUCAAUUUUAUGUCCAAUUUGAUGAGUCAUCUGUGGCCCUACAAGAAUUGCAGGACAAACUUCAGGAAACAGUUGAAGAAAUGCCAGUUUUGGAGAAUAUCACUGUUGGUGCGUUUUGUGCUGCACCUUAUAGUGUUGACCAUCAGUGGUACAGAGCUGAAGUUCUAGAUGCUGAUGAAGACAUAACAACAGUCCGUUUCAUAGAUUAUGGCAACACAGAUGUCAUCAACAAUAAAACAACACAAAUCAGGACUUUGCCUUCUAGUUUACUGGCCUUGGCAAUCUAUGCUGCAAGAUGUAGCCUCAAACUUAAAUCCAGUGAUGAAGAAUGGGGCCAGCAGGCAUUAGAAUUGUUUGAGAAUUUAGCUAACAGCAAAAAUAUGUCUGCUGAGUUUAUUAUACAAGACGAAAAAACUAAUAUCGUAGAAUUGUUUGCUAACGGGGUCAACAUCAAGGACGCCUUAUUAGCUGAGAAUCUGGCUGUUCCGUGUGAAAUUGAAAACAAGGCGACAUGUUUCGUGAGCCACCUAAGUUCCCCUUCCGAGUUUUGGGUACAAAUGGAAAAUUGUAUAGACGAACUUGAAUGGAUUGCUGAGCAACUAUCUGUAGCGGAACAAUUUCCAGAACUUGAAGAUACGACUCCUGGUACUUUGUGCGCCGCACUGUUUCCUGACGACGAAAUGUGGUAUAGGGCUCGGAUUUUAUCCAACACAAUUGCAGGUAUUGAGCUCCUAUUCAUUGAUUAUGGCAACUCGUGCGUCAGCAGCAGCCUUCGUCAACUGCCAGAAGGUCUCGUAGUUACUUCUCCGCUUGCCCAGAAAUGUAGCCUUCAGCGGCCCGAAGAUGUUCCUCAUUGGACUAAGCAAGCCCAAGAAAAAUUUUCCGAAAUUUCUGCAGAGGGCCAAACCAUUUUUGAGAUCAAGAAGAUAACAACAGGCGAAACGGCAACAGUCGAGUUGCUGUUACAUGGUGAAAAUAUUGUUAAAAUGUUACUAGAAGUUGGCAACAGCUUGGAUCUGUCGGAUAUACAAAAGACUGAUGAUUAUUUAGGUUUAAGUGGCGAUUUAGUAAUUGAUCACCAAGCAGUUGGUGAUUAUCUGGAUCCAAUGCAUUCCAAGGACAGAAAACAAGAUGCUGAUAGUGAUGUCAAUAUGUUAUCAAUUAUCACCAUUGAUGAUUCUCUAGACGUUGAAGUGUCUGUAGAGAAAGGUGAAGAGUCCACAGAGAAAAGUGAGGAGUUUAAAGAGACGGGUGAAGAGUCUCUACUGAAAGAUGAAGAGUCCUUUGAGCAACAUGAAGAAUACAUAGAGGAAGCCAAAAACAAAAAUACAAUUCAAGUAUCUGAGAGUGAGAAAGGUGAAGAGUCUAUACAGAAAGAUGAAGAGUCUAUAGAAAGAGUUAACGAAUCUUUAGAGACAGAUGAUGAGGUAGAGUCAAUUGAGAGACGUGAAGAGACAAUAGAACAACACGAAGAGUGUUUAGAGAAAGAUGAAGACAGAAAUACUACUCGGGGAUCUGAAACUGAUUCUGGACAUCACUCUGAGCCGGAGGCUGUGAAGGCAGAAGAGAAAGUAACAAUGGAAAAUCAGAACGAUGAAAAGGCAACUCAAGAAGAAGAGCAAAUUGAAAUAGAUGCGGAAGAAUCCAAGAAAAAAGAAGUAGAUCAAUUUGAGGAAACCCAGAAUGUGUUAGAUAGUGAAACAGUGCCAGAUGAGGCUGAUAAAUUUGAAGUAGCAGAAGGGGAGGCGGUUGAAAAGGUAGUCAAGGAAAUUGAAAAACUACAGAUAGAUUCAGAAGGAGUUUCUGAUGAAAAAUCACAAACAAAGUCUACAGCCGCAUCCCCUAUUCCUAAUUUUCCAUCAGCUGCUAGUAGCAGGUCCUCAAGUAUUGACCGUUCCUCUAGAAGCCAUGAUGAUAAAAUUGUGCCAGCUUCAGUGUCAAGGCCCCAUAGUCCCUUACCCAAUGAUGAUGAGGAAAAACCUUUGAGUAGACCAUCCAGCUCGCUCAGUGGUCGUUUAAGCCACGAUAAUAAAAUUGUGCCUUCGUCUGUGUCAAGGCCGCAGACUCCUUUGCCAGAUGUCAAAGAGUCUGCAGAGAAUUGAAGCAAUUUUUUAUUUUGGUGUCACUACUUCAGAAGGAAUAUGAUUUUUGUUUUUUACUUUUAAGGGUUUCAAUGUUAAAGCCAACGUUUCUUUAUGUUUCGGAAAAUGUUUAUUUUUAUGUUGAUCCUAUCAAUCCAGUUUCAUUCAGAUCUUACUUUUGUGAGUAACUGCUAUACAUUUUUGUGGGUGAAGUUUCAACCGGCGUAAUAAUUUUUCAUUUUUCCUGUUUGUUUUUUUAUUAGUAUGAUUGUUGUUUUCAAUAAUUCCCAAUUAAAUUA